AUGCUGUUAUCAUUACUUGGAGUAUACAGUUAUAAUCAUUCAUCGUUCUAUUACACCGAAAUUGAAUAUAUCCUUUCGAAUAAUGUUAGCGAUGCUAAAACUUAUAUUGAUGCAGAUUCCAACGUUCACAUUACAUGCAAUUACAAAGGUCAGAAUAUUAAACUAGAUUCUUCUGAUACCAAGAAGGUCAAAAUUGAUGCAAAUUAUCUAUGUGUUGUCAAUCUUACAGUGAAUAAUCAAAAAAUCGAAAUUAAUGGCCCAGCUCAGGUUUAUGUAAAUGGUGAUAACAACGUCAUAUCUAAUAAGUUUGAUUUAAGCAGGCCACUCUCUCAUCCUCUUGUUAUUAUUAAUGGUCAUAAAAAUACAUUCAACAUUAAGUGGUCCGAAACGUCUGAUUCAUCUUAUACAGUUAUUUCUGCAUUUGUUAACGAUGCAGAUUUUAAACAUACAGAUCCAGGAGAUACUAAUUUUGAUUUAGCAACAUCCAAAGACUCAGGACUUGUAGGUGACAUUGGUCCAUUUUAUAGUGUUAAUAUCAGCCAGAUUUAUCCAUCUUCUGACUACGUUAUUUAUUAUCAUGGAAUCCCAAUUGGCGGAACAACGCAUACCACUGAUCCGGUUACUAUCGCAAUCAUUGUCUCAGUCGUUGUUACGAUUGUUAUUUUGGCAAUCAUCGCAACAGUAAUUGUUAUUAUUUGCUGCGUAUGCAAGAAAAGAGAUAAAGAUGGUUUCCAAGGAAUAAAGGCUGACCAAUAA